AGUCUUGGUCUUUGUAUAUUAGCUAAAUAUCCUCUAAGUAGUCUUGGUCUUUGAAACGUGAUACAGCAUCUCUGAAAUGGAAACUAACUCACAAUUCGUAGAUUUCCGACCGUAUCGUGAAAAUGAAGAGAUUUUAGGCACUGGAGAGACACAAAACUCUCGAUAUAGAAACCUACGGCCGAGAGUCUUCCUUUAUGUGAAUGAUAGUGACCCUUUAUGGAAUUGGAUUUUAAUGGGUUUGUGUGUGAUUGGAAUUGCAUUGGAUCCUUUGUUCUUCUACACUCCCGUGAUCGAUGAUGAUAAAAAGUUCCUUGGAUUGGACAAGAAGUUGGGGAUCGUGGCUAUUGCCCUACGUUCCUUCUUUGAUGUCCUUCAUCUGUUUUAUAUUAUUUUGGAACUGCGUCCUCACUCUUUCGCUCCUUUUUUUAUAUAUCAAAGAGUUAAUUCAAAUGAUUACCCACAGGGAACUGCAAGGAAAUAUUUGAUGCUUCCAAUUGAUCUUCUCUCCAUUCUUCCACUCCCACAGGUGGUGAUUUUAACUGUCAUUAGGGGAUCGAAACUUCCAAAUGUGAUGAAUUUGUUGAAAGUUUUUGUUAUUGUCCAAAAUGUGCCGAGGAUUACUCGAAUGUAUCCUUUCUUUACAAAAGCUAGAUCGAAGUCGGCCAAACUUGCUGAAACUACCUGGGUCAAAGCUCCCUUUAAUCUUCUUCUUUAUAUGCUUGCCAGUCAUGUAUUUGGAGCCUUGUGGUACUUUGCCAUAGAAAAAGAGACUGCAUGCUGGAAGACGGCCUGUGUAGAUUAUUUUGGAUGUGGUCAUGGUUCUUUUAACUUUGACGACAAUUUAGGAGACUACAAAUUUCUACAUGAGUUUUGCUCUACAAAAACACAAAAUGCAAAUACUUAUGACUUCGGAAUAUACAGUAUGCUCGAGACUGGCAUCGUGAACGCGAGGAAUUUUCUGCAAAAGUUUUUACUUUGUUUUCGAUGGGGCUUGCAAAAUCCAAGUUGUUUUGGUCAGAACCUGCAGACAAGUAGCUCUAUGGAGGAAAACGUCUUUGCAAUUGUGAUUACCAUCUUUGGUUUGGUGUUGUUUCUCUUUCUCAUUGGAAAUAUGCAGAUAUAUCUACAGUCCAAAACAGUAAGAUCAGAGGAAAUGAGAUUGAAGGCACGAGAGAUAGAGCAGUGGAUGUCCUUCCGAAAGCUCUCUGGGAAGCUCUCUGGGAAGCUCCAACAACAAGUGAAAAAAUACCAGCAAUAUGUAUGGCGAGAAACCAAGGGUAUUGAUGUAGAAAAUUUGCUUAAUAAUCUUCCCAAGGACCUCAGAAGGAACAUAAUGCGCGAACUCUGCUUAGACCUCCUCAAGAAAGUUCCCAUGUUUGAAAAACUAGACGAACAACAUUUGGAUACAAUGUGCGACCGUCUCAAGCCUGUGUUUUACUCUGAGGAAAGCGACAUUAUUCGGGAAGGUGAUCCUGUAGAUCAAAUGCUCAUCAUCAUGCGAGGGAAGCUAUUGACAAGGCAAGGUAUAGUUCGCACUCACUAUCUUAAGGAUAGUGAUUUCCUUGGAGAAGAAGUUUUCUUGUGGGCUCUGAAUCCUCAAUCCUCAGUUAGUUACCUCCCCAUUUCAACAACAACUGUUAAAGCCCUUACGGAAGUUGAAGCCUUUGCUCUAAUGGCCGAUGACUUGAAGUUUGUUGCCUCUCAGUUAAGGCGGAUUAACAGUGCACAACUCGUACACACGUACAAAUUUUACUCAAAUCAGUGGAGGAAUUGGGCGGCUUGUUUCAUACAAGCUUCUUGGCGCAGCUAUGCUAAAAAGAAGCGCGAAGAAUAUCAGCGCGCAGAAGAAAAUAGGUUGCAAAAUUCAUGGGCGGGGGCUGCUGGGGUUUCGCCAAAUUUUGGAGCAACUAUUUAUGCCACACGAUUUGCUGCUAAUGUAGUUCGUACUAGAAGGCGGAACAAUAAGGCAAAGAAGGCAGAAGGGAAAACAGCCACGCUGCUUCAGAAGCCACCAGAGCCUGAGUUUUCUUCUGAAAAUCAGGAGUGAACUUGCUUCAGUGUUAUAUAUCUGUUCAAGUCAUCAAUGGACAUCAAACUUUGAAGGGAAUGCUUUUUUUGUUUUGCUUUUUUAUCAUUUUAGUGAUUGUUUUGUGCUAAUUUAAUUCUACCAAAAAAGUUUUCUUGGUCAUAGGUUCUCGACAAAUUGAAGAAUGGUAAGCCUAUUAGCUAUAAUUUAGUUCAGCUACUCGCUAUUUUUUUUUUUUUUUUUUUUUUUUUUUUUUUUUUUUUUUUUGGCUAACUUCAUUGGCACAUCUGGUUUCUAAUUUUGCGUGAAUGCAUAGGGACGUUGCCACGGCCUGAACUUUUAACUGAUAAUUUUCAAACAGGUCUCUGGUCUUGAAUUUAAACAGAGGUACAACAGGGGGACUUUUCAGGGAACUUAGAAAUGAAAGAAGUUUCAGGGAAAAGUUUCCAGGAAACUUGAAAUGAAAAAAUUUGAGUCUCAGGAACUAUCCGAAGAAGUUAACAAUCUGCUGGUGAAGUUCAAGGAGAUGGGAGAAUUAUAUUGUUUACAGGAUGCAAGUACCAAGAAUUCUACGACUGUGUAUGUGCCCCUUAUGUAAAUCUAAUUUGCACAAAUAAACAUAUUCACUGUUGCCAAGGGUUACCAGGAUUUUCAUAUAGUUUCAGAUGUAUGGAAAUAUAGUAUGUUGAAAAUUCUAGAAUGUGAAGUCUGGAUUUCUGUUUAAUGGCACCAUAAAUGU